AUGAUUCCUUUGUCUCCUGAACGCUGCAUCAAGAUUAUCGUCACAAAUAAACUCUUGGAUCAUGCAACGGUGAGAGGUUUACUUGGUGGUGAUGCUAAACUUCUGCGCCUUUACCUUGAAAGCAUUCCAUUCUGCGAAGACAUAGCAAAGGAAUUAUGUGAUAUCUACAUCAACGACAUAAAUGCCGGAGAUCUCAGCUGUCGACAACGGUUUCGGCAACUGCUCUUGAAGAAUGAACGUUUCUGA